AUGGCACAGCAAGAAUUUUACAAGAAGAUUAAAGAUCUAAAAAAUGAAACAUUAACUGAUAAAACAAAUAACGAUUUAAUUAAAAUUACCGCAAACUAUGAAGAAACAAUAGAAAUAUUUAAAGAAUAUAUAAAAUUUUUGUUUGAUAAGUUAGCAAAAGGAGUUACGACAAAUUAUACGCCAUUAAUGGAAUUAGGUAAUAAGGCUGAAAUAUCAACGCUAGAGGAAAAAAUUAAAACAUUAAAAAAUUAUGAAGAAUUGCAAAAUAGGUUUAAAACAUUAUUUGAUGAAAAUAAAAAAUUGAAAGAUACAAAAUUUCAAAUUUUGAAAAAAAUAAAUGAGCUAAAGAAUAAAUUAUUUGAGCAAAACAACCCAACAUCCUUUUCAAAGUCUAAAGGUGAUAUACUUCAAGAGAAAAAUGAAUUAUUUGAGAAAUAUAUAAGAAAAUUUAUUGG